CUGUGGGUAAUUCCACCAGGCCCACAUAAGAAUCCCUGGGACACGUUCUGAACAUCUCACCUUGUCCGUCUUCGGCUCAUGCAGAGCCCUAUAGCCUCCUCUAGUCCGUUCACAUGGGACAGUGCAGUUCUUGCGCGAUCGUCCGAUCGCAUCCUGCAUGUUACCACACCCACAUCCCACAAGCUUUUUGUGUAUAUGCUCAUAGGCGGCGUGGGUCAGGGCUAACGUUCGGGAGAGGACCCUCCCUAUGACAGGGAUCUAGCAUAGUUGGUCACGGAUUUCAUGCCCUUUCCCACCGCCCGAAGACAGUCAGGCCCAUACUUCGUACAAAUAUAUCAGUCAACAUGCAAAAUUCGCGCGGCGAAAGCCGACAUUCCCCUCUUUCUUCUUCCAAACUUAAAUUGCACAACUACUAGUACACGUACCAGAUCAAGCUUCCAGAUAACGUGCACCACCUCCCCGGGCAAGCAGAUGUGGAUGCACGGACUGGUUGGCUGGAAGUUUAUUUUACGGCCAGCUACACUGGCCCACGAAAUGGAGCAUGGAAUGGUUUCUGCAGGGAGAUAGACUGACCCUGCCUGACUAUGUGCAUGCAAUUCUUCGGCUCACGAGACCGCGAGAACUUUGUGCCUCAUAGGCUUGUAUCAACCUCGCAAACCGCGAACUAUGCAGGGUGUAGUGGUGCCUCACCUCGCUUCAGAUGGCGGUAACGACGCUUGUCUGGGUGAUCUCGAAAGGUGUGCCUACGCGCGGAAAUUGACACGGAGAAUUGGGGUAUCAGCACAACACGUAUCCAAUGUGUCACUCGAAGGCAUCCCUAUCAGUGGUCUUCCUUUGAGCAUCUAUCAAAAUGUGCAAUCUAGUCAUUCACGAGCCUUGCACGUGGGAGAUCGCAUCUGACCACUCGUAUUACACCAUUCGGACCCACCAUCGAAGUCAUCGUGGACCCAUCAAUACUCAACUCAGCAUGAACAUGUGGACCGCCGUGAUCCUCGGGGCAAUGUAGGUACACCAACGACAGACAAGGCUGUGGGCACUGUGACGCAUUAUUGCCAUUUGUAAACACCCGCACAUCGCGGUUGAAAACGACCGCCAACCAGCCACAAGUUGUGUUUCUCAGCCAGCGUGCUCAUGAAAACCACUACAUCAUCCCCUCAGAUUCUCAGGUCCGGGUCCGGUCGAUAGAAAGAACGCAAUUGUCCUGAAGGCAGAGUCGGGCGUUCAUGCCUUUGUCAAGGAAGUACAGGCGGUACCCGUUCCGGAGGUGGAAUGGGUAAGCUGACAAUGAAAACGGAGGGCCUGGCAACCAACCGUGUGAGGGAUUCCGAGACAAAAGAGAGUAGACCUCAGUUGCGGCCCUGCUUUUCUUUUCGAGGUGCACUGAGCAUCUGAUCUGUGAUCUGUGAGGCCCUCGCUGGUCUCUCUGUCUGUCAGUCUCUAAGAAAGCCCCUGCAACUGCGGACAUAUUCCCUUCUUCAGAUUCUUCACAACAAAGUCUGUUCGCCCAAGAGCACCCUCACCAUGGCGGACGACAACCCACCCGCUCAGCAGGACCCACUCGCCGACCAGCCAGGCCAUUACCCUGCCAAUGAUUAUGCAAUUGCAUAUGAGUCAGAAUGGUCCCGGAUUCACGGCGACGAUCCGACCCUCGGGCACCUGAGUUGCAACUACUUGGGCACAAAGGGUUGCCCGCCGACCCUCCUAGCGCUGAAGCAGCACGCACAAUCCCUCGCCAUCCUCAUCGCUCGCCUGAGCCCCAGUGUGAGGACCGGCGUAGUGGAUGGGAAUCCUAUAUUUGACAACAGGCAGGUUGACGGGGGCCAGAUCCGGCACAACGUCGACGGGCGCCUGGAGCUGAACGACGCUUUCGACUGGCUUGCAGACCUGAGCACGCCGUACGUCAACGACGACGCCAACCACCACAAGCCGCUCAACAUCUUGUGCAACGAGGUCAAGUCUCAACACGAGGUGACCGGCCCCGAAUUCCAGUGCCCGCUCACCCAGGUCGACCCGAGGGAGAUCAAGGAGGACAGAGGCCACCCGUACAAGGAGAACGUCUCCCUGAUGCCGUACGCCAGCCACCACCUGCUGGCCAUGCACGCAAACGCGUGCCUGGAGCAGCUGGACCACGAGUUCAGCGACCAAGGUGGGAUCCUCAGCCUCAUCCCCGAGGAGGGCAGGGGGGCCAACUCGGCGGAGCUCACGGCGGCGCAGAACUCGCUGCUGGGCCAGCUGCUGCUGUACGUGCAGAGCCUGGCGCUGCGCAACCACGAGAUGGACAUGACCAACGCGAAGCUGACGGACGCGCUGGCGGGCGAGGCGGUGGUGCCGCUGCAGCACCUGUCGGUGCUCGGGCCGGACGGGCGUUCCGGGAGGGAGAUUGCGUUCCCGCAGGACCGGUGGGUGCUGGUCAACGCGGGCGACGACGUGUUUGGGCACCUGCACGACACGUUGGACCGCGAGGAGGCGGCGCUGGCGGUGCGGGAGCACGAGUGGGCGCAGGACAAGGGGCUGGGCGGGGACAGCUGCUGGCAGCCGGACCGGGAUCGCGACCGGCUCGCACGCGGGGUGGUGGCGGUGGACAUGAAGUCACGGUUCUACCGGCUCCACGGGCAGGGCCGCAGCACCAUCUUUGUGCUGCCGGCCUUCGCAUCGCAGCCCGGCACCGAGUGGAGCGAGAGGAUGGACCGGUACAGCAGGCCCACGGUGGUCGGCACGGUGGCACCCAGGACGGUGCAGCGGGCGAGCGAGUACCAGAAGAGGUGGACGCAACAGAACAAUGCCGCGCAGCGUGCGCAGGCCGCAGCCGCCCAGCUCCAGGACCAGAGCGCCAGAGACCAGGCUACCAUCGACUAUCUGAGGGCCGAGGCGGUGAGGCAGGACGCGCUGCUGAGGGCCGCCCAAGCUGCCAACCAGGCUCAGGCUCAAGCUGCCGACCCUGCCCAAGCUGCCAACCAGGCCCAAGGUGUGCGCAUCCAGGCAGACAACAACGGCGACGACGACGUGAUGGAUGGGUAACUUGGCCCGGAGUGUCUUUGUUUUUUCCUUUUUCGCUUUUCGCGUAGAGGCAGUGUGCUUGUGUGAGGGUGUGAGUUGGUCUUCUGGGGGAUACUUGUGUACACUUAUACUAGAUAUCAUCAUCGAGUUG